CUCUCACUCUCAAACAAAAAAAAUAAAAAAGAAAAAAAAAACACUCUCUUCUCUCUCUAGUUUUUUUUUUUUUUUCUUCUCUGCAAUGUAGGUCGCGGAAGAUGGCAAACUACCACCGCAACAACGUGGAAAGCCUUGUUCUGGGGCACCGUCCGAAGUCCGGCGGCGACGGCGGGCACUUCCGGCUAUGGAACUCCCUCUCGGCGGCCUCAUUCCGGCGGCUCAUCUUCGACGCCGUGAGCUGCGGCGCCAGCUCGCGCUACGCGGAGAGAUCGACCGUGGACGAGGAGGAGCAGCAGCGUAAGACGAAGGCGAGUGUGCGGUCGGAGAAGCUCUCCGAUCUGCUGAACAUUGCGGAGGUGGAGGCGGACGCGGAGACGAAGAAGAAGGAGGAGAGGCUGGAGGAGCUGAAGCAGCUCGUGAAGGAGCUUCAACGCGAAGGAGAAGAAGAAGAAGAAGAAGAAGAAGAAGAAGAAGAAAGAGAGGGUUUGGUGAAAGUGAAACGAAGAGAAGGUGCUGCGGCGAGAGUGAGGCUUCUGGCGAAGGAGGAUUUGGAAGUGAGGGGAACGCUCGCCAUGCUCGGUGCUAUUCCUCCGCUUGUGGCAAUGCUUGAUUCUCGACACGACGUUGCUGCGCUCGUCGCUUCGCUCUACGCGCUGCUCAACCUCGGAAUCGGAAACGACGCGAAUAAAGCAGCUAUUGUUAAAGUUGGGUCUGUUGAGAAGAUGCUGAAGUUGAUUGAAUCUCCGGAUGGUCUAGAUUCUUCGGUUUCUGAAGCAAUUGUUGCGAAUUUCCUUGGAUUGAGUGCUUUGGAUGCGAAUAAGCCCAUAAUUGGGUCUUCGGUUGCAAUUUCUUUCUUAGUUAGAACCCUUAAGGAUUUAGAUAACAACACUAGUCCCCAAGCCAAGCAAGAUGCUAUGCGAGCACUGUACAAUCUUUCAAUCUUCCCAGCCAAUGUUGCGUUCAUUUUGGAAACCGAUUUGGUUGUGUUUCUGGUGAACUCAAUAGGGGACAUGGAGGUAACGGAAAGAACCCUUGCAAUCCUCAGCAAUGUGGUGUCAACCCGAGAGGGCAGAAAGGCAAUCAGUGCAGUGCCGGAUUCGAUCCCAAUUCUAGUGGAUGUGUUGAAUUGGACUGAUUCACCAGAGUGCCAGGAGAAGGCAUCGUACAUUUUGAUGGUUAUGGCACACAAGUCAUAUGGGGACAAGCAGGCCAUGGUUGAGGCAGGGAUUGGGUCAUCACUGCUUGAGUUGUCCCUUUUGGGUACCACAUUGGCUCAGAAAAGGGCAUCAAGGAUAUUGGAAAUUUUGAGGGUGGACAAGGGAAAGCAGGUUUCUGGGAACUAUGGCUUGGGUGCAGCUGUCUCUGCCCCUAUUUGUGGCUCUUCUUCGGCGUGUCAGAAGCCGGAUGGAGGAGGAAAAGAAUGUUACGAGGAAGAGGAAGAUAUGAUGAGUGAGGAGAAGAAAGCAGUGAAGCAAUUAGUCCAGCAGAGUUUGCAAAACAACAUGAGAAAAAUUGUAAAGAGAGCCAACUUGCCUCAAGACAUUGUGCCAUCAGAUCAUUUUAAGACGCUCACUUCAAGUUCGACUUCGAAGAGCCUGCCAUUUUGAAGAGUUGCAGCUGGGGAGAGAGUCAAGAUUGAAGAGAAUUAACCAUGAAUCGCAGAUCCAAAUGGCAUGGAAGGAUUACUAGUUAGAUCUGGUUGGGAUGGAGAGCUGAGCUGUUCGUUGCAAAUAAGUAUCAAGGGCCAUUUUGUUCCCAUUAUGUAAAUUUUAUACAUGAUGUCCCUUGUGGGGUACAGUUAUUUGUAAUGUUAUCUUCUCCUGGUGGCUUUAAUUUUGUUGACUUUUAGUGUAAAUAUUUUAAUGUCAGUGUAGUUUUGGUUUUAAAUAUUAAUUGGGUCGUGCUUC